GGUCUAGGUAUCUAGUCAUUCUUAUUACGAUCCUAGAAAACUAUGAAGAGAAAGGCCGAGAAACAGGCGGCCGCACCGGCUCCGGUCAGCGCCUUUGCGGCGCGUAAGGCUCGUCAACAGCAGAUGCAAGCUGCUGUGACUGCAGCGAAACCUAUUCAAUCUGAAACAACACAUGAGCCACCGUCGAAGAAAGCACGACGCACAUCAGAUGAGGCGGUGCCAACCCCGCCUGCCAGCGGAGAAACUAAUAUACGGACUACACGACCCUCAAAACGGAAGGCUGAAAGCUUGAAGGCUGGUAAAUCGAUCGAGGAAAGGGAGAAGAUUUCUUCAGCUGAGCCUAGCGAGCAAUUACCUGUUCGCACCUCACCCCAGGAGCCCGAGAACCAGUCUUCUUUAGAUGAAGAAAUGGAAGAGCAAAAUGCAAUUGUUGGCGACAAUGGCGUCGGCAUUGCUCCUCUUCGCGGUGACAUUGAUGGUUACGAGUCUCCCGCUGAUACCUCUGGCCCUGUCCAAGAGUUUCCUCUGUCCAAAACUCGUUUGAACAAGAGCAACAUAGUCCAUAGCGACGAAGACACACUAUGCGUUCGCAUAAAGGAGAAGAUGAGUCUAGUUCUGCUUGGUCAUUAUGAUCUAUGGGUGAAGCGCGGCGUGGUUAGUGUUAUGGGUGCGAAACUACACCCUUCACCGCGACUCUACCGAGUCUAUGCUCCGUCUACACACUCAUUGCCAGUGAUUAAGUGUGUAUCUGGGGUUGAUGGUGCAGCGGAGAUUGAAGUCAAGUCAUGCCACAGCGGCAUCUAUCGCCUUCGGGAUUUGUCUCCUUUGUAUCGACGGAUAUGGAACGGUAAGAAUACUUCAGCAGACAAAGUCACACUGAAGGAUGCACCGUCUUCCGCUAAGAGGACAUUCUCGGUGUUGUAUACGUCUGCGGACGAUUCCUUCAAAAGGCAUAUCCGGCCAUUACAUCUCGAAAAGCAAUGGAGCUCAGCUAUCAGGUUACUAUCUCAGCGAGGAGGCCGGUUACGGGCUCUGAUCUGUGGUCCCAAGGCUUCAGGAAAAUCGACCUUCAGUCGUUAUCUCCUGAAUCAUCUUCUCAGCCCGGCGCCGCAGACUGAAACGAAUUAUUGUAACACCGACGGUGUCGCCUUCCUUGACCUUGAUCCCGGCCAGCCAGAAUUCUCUCCUAUGGGUCAAGUAUAUCUAGCGCACCUUCGGUCACCUGUCUUCGGCCCUCCAUUUUCUCAUCCAUCGUUGGAAAAUUCCCAAGAGGGAACCAUUAUCCGCGCUCACCACAUCGGAGCCACAUCACCUAAGGAAGAUCCUGAUCACUACGUGCUCGCUGCUAUGGACCUUAUGGAUCGCUACCGUACCCUAUUGGCCACCUACCCCCAAUGUCCACUUAUCAUCAACUAUCCGGGAUGGAUCUUUGGACUCGGUUUAGAGGUUGCUACAUGGCUCGUUCGAUCACUUGGCUUAUCCGAUGUCGUAUACAUGAGCGAGAAGGGCCCAACAGAGGUCGUGGUACCACUCGGCCAGGCAGCUCAGGAAGCCAUGACUCCUCUAACCGUUCUCCCGUCCCAGCCAACCGACUUCGUAAGCCGAUCGAGCGCGCAGUUGCGCUCCAUGCAAAUGCAAUCUUACUUCCACAUGACUCGACCCACCGAACUCAGUAACCCACUGUGGUUAGAGCAGCCACUCUCCCGUACGAGGCCAUUCCAUGUUCACUACGCCGGGCCCAAGCAGGGUAUUAAGGGUAUCAUGGUUAUGGGGUCUGAGAUCGACCCUGACCUGCUCCGUGAAGUUCUCGAUGGAUCCAUUGUUGCUGUCGUCGCCGUGGAAUCCCCCGAAGCUAUUCUAGGACAAAACGAAGAAUCAAUUCUAACCAACAACCGUCCUGCCGAGUCCGAAGAUGGAGACAUCAAUAUGGAUGAAUUCACCGGUACACCCAUGGGAGGCAUCUCUUCACGCGAACCCAUCAACCCUUUCAUUGAUGCGAACGUCUCUCGAACACCAACCGAGAACCUUCCAUACCUUUUCGUGGGCUCGGGGAGCAGUAAUCCUCUCGACCCGAAAGCGUCCCGCUCCUUAGGUCUCGCCCUUGUACGCUCCAUAGACGUCUCGUCGCAGCGACUAGAGCUCGUCACGCCUAUCGCCGGCUCCGCCAUCCGCGAGGCCUUAGAACAGGGCCAUGGCAUCGUUCUCGUCCGGGGCCAGCUCGACAACCCCAACUGGGCCAUCAGCGAAGAAUACAAUGCCGCUCGAGCCGAAGAACGGCGCCACCGAGAGUCCGUCGAGAAAUCAAAGAAGAACAAAACCACCGACAAUAACGACGACGAAAGUUUCCCCGAGCCAGAAGAGCAAGCCCGCAUUUCCGCGAUCCUCAGGGACCGGAUCCGACGGGCCAGUAACGUCCCCUGGAUGACGGUGAUCGAAGACAAUAGCGGCCAGCAACGCGAGGCUACGCAACGGGAGAAAUCCCUCUGGAAACUACGCAAGAAAGCGUAUCCCGGCAGCGAUAGUGAAGGCGACUGGUAGUUUCUUGCAUCCACA